UCAAAAGCCUAGGGUAACUGAUUGUCAAAAUGCAAGGUUAAACUAGUAAAUAUAACCAAAGCGUGAAAUCCGCUGUCCGAUUCGAUGCCGUCCUCGCUCAUCCAACGGACUUUAUCUUCUCACAUACUCCAAAGCUUGCAUCCCUGCGUAGCGUUGAACUUACCUCGCUGCGAAUAUAUGUACUCUUCAUCUAAACUGUUCCUCGCUCCUUGUUGAUCAGCGCCAACAGUCUCUCUCUGGGUGGAAUUGAUUCAAUAUCACUAACAUGGCUGAAGCUGCUGCACCCGUGGUUCCAAGUGAUGAGUUGUUGGAGUGGGCAAAGAAAGAUAAGCGCAGGUUGCUGCAUGUUGUAUAUCGCGUUGGUGACCUUGAUCGCACUAUCAAGUUUUACACGGAGUGCUUUGGUAUGAAGUUAUUGAGGAAGAGAGAUGUCCCAGAGGAGAAAUAUGCAAAUGCUUUUCUUGGUUUUGGCCCUGAAGAGUCUCACUUUGUCGUGGAACUGACAUACAAUUAUGGAGUCGACAAGUAUGACAUUGGAACAGGCUUUGGACACUUUGCUAUUGCAACAGAAGAUGUUUAUAAAUUGGUUGAAGACAUCAAGGCAAAGGGUGGAACCAUAACUCGUGAACCCGGACCUGUCAAAGGUGGAUCGACUGUUAUUGCUUUCGCGAAAGAUCCUGAUGGCUACCUCUUUGAGCUUAUUCAGCGAGGCUCUACUCCAGAACCACUCUGUCAAGUAAUGCUCCGUGUGGGUGACCUGGAACGUUCUAUCAAGUUCUAUGAAAAGGCAUUAGGAAUGCAACUUCUGAAGAAAACAGACAGGCCAGAACAGAAGUAUACCAUAGCAAUGAUGGGAUAUGCUCCGGAAUAUGAGACUACAGUUCUAGAAUUGACGUACAAUUACGGCGUUACUGAAUACACCAAAGGAAAUGCCUAUGCACAGGUUGCCAUUGGCACCGAUGAUGUAUACAAAAGCGCAGAGGUUGUUAACCUUGUGACCCAAGAGCUUGGCGGGAAAAUCACUCGACAAGCUGGUCCCAUUCCAGGGAUCAAAACCAAAAUCACUUCUUUCGUCGACCCUGAUGGAUGGAAGACAGUUCUGGUUGACAAUGAAGAUUUUCUGAAGGAGCUGCAGUAACCACCACCACGUGGAUGCUUUGUCUCAAACUCAUCUUUCGAUAAGAAUGAGUUACCUAUCUCCUUCCGUAGUCUGAAUAUUCUAUGUAAUUUUCAACUCUUUUAGUUACAAAACAUAAUACUCCAGUCCCUAUAAAAUUGUUCUCGUUGAGAGCAUGGUGUAUGUUUUUUUUUUUUUUGGAUUAAGAGCAUGGUCUAUGUUAUAUUAUCUUAUAAUAUAUACUUUCUUAUAUUAAGCAUGCAAAAGCUGUAGUCUAAA